UUGCCAAGGCAUAGGCCAUGAUUCUGUGACUCAGCCCAGAGCAUUAGAUAAGCCCACCUGGCUGGGCUUGCUCUGGAUCUGGGAUGGCCCCUCACGUUAGCUGCUUCUUUUUGGCGGUGCUGCUUACAGCCAGCUGUGAAGUCAUCACCUCCUCAGGUCAGACGUGCAUUGAGAAAGAAGCCAACAAAACAUACAACUGUGAAAAUUUAGGUCUCAGAGAAAUUCCUGCCACUCUACCAAACUCAACAGAAUGUUUGGAAUUCAGCUUUAAUUUCUUGCCUACGAUUCAAAGUACAACCUUCAGCAGACUCAUAAAUCUCACCUAUCUGGAUUUAACCAGGUGCCAGAUUUACUGGAUACAUGAAGAUACUUUCCAAAGUCUUCAUCAGUUGAGCACACUUGUGCUAACUGCAAAUCCCCUGAUAUUUAUGUCAGAAACAGCACUUAAUGGGCCCAAGUCACUGAAGCAUCUGUUCCUCAUCCAAACAGGAAUAUCCAGUCUUGAGUUUAUCCCAGCGCAUAAUCUGAAAACCUUGGAAAGUUUGCAUCUUGGGAGCAACCAUAUUUCCUCCAUUAAGUUCCCCAAAGGCUUCCCAACCAAGAACUUGAAAGUCCUAGAUUUUCAGAAUAAUGCUAUACGCUACCUAUCUAGAAAAGAUAUAGACGCUCUACAGCAGGCCACUAACCUGAGCCUUAACUUCAAUGGAAAUGACAUUACAGGAAUUGAGCCUGGGGCUUUCAAUUCAACUGUCUUUCAAAGUUUGAACUUUGGAGGGGCUCUUAACUUAUCAGUUAUAUUCAAUGGUCUUCAGAACUCUACUAUUGAAUCUCUCUGGCUGGGGACAUUUGAAGACACUGCAGACCAAGAUAUUAGUUCAGCCAUGUUUGAUGGUCUCUGUGAAAUAUCUGUUCAGAGAAUCAACCUGCAAAAGCAUCAUUUCUCUGACCUCUCCUCUGCCACAUUUCAAUGUUUCACUGGCCUUCAGGAACUGGAUCUCACAGCCACUCACCUGGGAGAAUUGCCCUCUGGGGUUGUAGGCCUAAAUAGACUCAAGAAAUUAGUUCUCAGUGCAAAUAAAUUUAAGGAAUUGUGUCAAAUCAAUGCUGCCAAUUUUCCCUCCCUUACACACCUCUACAUGAAAGGUGGCUCAAAUAAGCUAGACCUAGGUGCUGGCUGUUUAGAAAAACUAGAAAACCUUCGUCAACUUGAUCUAAGCCAUAAUGAUAUCGAGACUCUUGAUUGCUGCAACCUGCAACUCAAAAACCUGUCCAACUUGCAAAGCCUAAACCUGAGCUACAAUGAGCCCCUGGGUCUCCUGACAGAGGCAUUCAAAGUAUGUCCUCAGCUUGAGCUCCUAGAUUUGGCAUUUACCCAUUUACAUGUUAAUGCUGCACAAAGUCCCUUUCAAAACCUCCAAUUCCUGCAGGUCCUGAAUCUCUCCCACUGCAGCCUUGACACCAGCAAUCAGCAUCUCCUAGCAGGCCUGCCAGCACUCCAGCAUCUGAACUUACAGGGGAAUAACUUUCCAGAUGGAAAUAUCCAGAAGACCAACCCACUUCAGACAGUGGGCAGCCUGGAGGUUCUGAUUUUAUCAUCCUGUGGUCUCUCCUCCAUAGACCAGCAAGCUUUCAGCAGUCUUGGGAAAAUGAAUCAUGUAGACAUGAGCCACAACAGGCUGACAUCCAGUAGCAUCGAAGCUCUUAGCCAUCUUAAGGGGAUCUACCUCAAUCUAGCCUCCAACAGCAUUAGCAUCAUCCCAUUUAGUCUCCUCUCCAUCUUGUCCCAGCAGAGUACCAUUAAUUUAAGAGACAAUCCUCUGGACUGCACUUGCUCAAAUAUUUACUUUUUAACAUGGUACAAAGAAAACCUGCAAAAGCUUGAGGACACAGAGGAGACACAGUGUGCAAAUCCCCCAUCGCUGAGGGGUGUUAAGCUAUCUGAUGUCACACUGUCCUGCAGGAUCACAGCUGUGGGCAUUUUCUUUCUCAUAGUAUUUUUAUUCUUGUUUGCCAUUUUGUUGGUUUUUGCAGUGAAAUGUUUUCUCCGGUGGAAAUACCAACACCUUUAACUGAAGGAUUCCAGAGAAAGCAGAUAAAUGUGUUUAGUAAAACUGUCCUAAGUGAAGAAAACUGUCACCUGCAAGUAUUCAGACUUUUCAAGAGAUUACAGCAUUGCUAGUCUCGCAUUGACUGUGCUUCUUUGAACUUAAAUAAGAGUCCCCCACAGUGGGUAGAAUGGGGCUGGAAGGCCAGACACUGCUGUGAGAUACAGAGAUACUUCCUAUAUGAAAAUUGAUCCCCCAGGAGGUCAUGUACCAUUCACUCACUGAAUCCUUUGCAGCAGCCCCAUCUUGUCCCUGAAAGAUCAUUGGCCCUUCCGCUUGGCAGCACUGGGGCCAUCCCUCAACUCUCUUCCUCUCAGGGUUCUGAUAUUUUGCUUGAGGCUAAGUUCUCUGUAUUGCAGCCAUUUGGGAAACCUAGUCCUGGGCAGAGUCUCAAUGCUUAUUUUCAAUGACAGAAAGAAACACACACACACACACACACACACACACACACACACACACACA